UAAAAACAAAAUAAACAAAGCUUUGUUUAUUGCCAAACACAAUGCAACCUACCAGUAAGCUUGUUUAGAGAGACAGAUACUUUGAACCUUUCCUGAUAUCACCUUCCACUUACCACCUAACCACAGAACAAUUGCAAAUCUUCUUCUGGAAAGCCAAUGUGGUCAAAUUGAAGAACUUAUUUGUAUUAGGACUAUGUUGAGAGAAACCCAAGAAGUCUGUUUUUAACUUGUGUUUUAUUGCUUAAUAUCUUGUGCAGAUCUUUUGAUAGAUUUAGCUGACCAACAAUGCAGUAAAACCAACAAGAUUUAAAGGUUGUGCAUAAACACAUUAAUGCAUGUAUUUGGUUCAGCAUGUCCUAAAGAUGUUUAACAUACUUUCUUUUAAAAUGUCUGAAUUUAAUCUGUUUUAGUGAUAAAUUAGAUCAUUUCCAGGCAUUACUGCAAACUUUAAAGUCUGUAGAAUGCCAUGGAUGAUCUUAAAUAAUGUUUCAAGUACAAACAGCAUUGUACCAUAUGCACAAGCACUUUUUUGCAUACUGAUUUGUGAAUUCUUCUCCAACCACUGCCAAUACGAGUAUGACACCUCAUCCAUCAUGAGGGUGUAAAACUGAUUCCUAAAGCUCGACCGUCACUGGUGUCUCUUUGAUCCAUGGUGGAAUGAUAAACAGGAACAAUGAAGCUCAAAUUGCUUUUUGUUCUUUUGUGUUUACUGCAUGCAGGGACUGAAUGCAUUGCUAAUUCUGAGUUUGAACAGCAGGGGGAUUAUGUGCUUGGUGGACUUUUUGAUAUCCAUUAUUUGAGUGGUGCUUUUUAUCAAAACACCCCAGAAGCCAUCAUCUGCUCCAGACAUCUUUUUACACCAUCAAGUUACCGGAGGUUUCAGAUGAUGAGAUUCUCAAUAGAGGAAAUCAAUAAUUCUACCAGUCUGCUACCCAAUGUGACUCUUGGCUAUGAAAUAUUUGACCACUGCUCAGACACAAAGAAUUUUCCAAGUAUUUUCCGCCUGAUGUCUGUGAAUGGUUCAGUUCAACCUUGGAAAGAAUCAGCAAACUUCUCAAAAGUGAUAGCAAUGGUGGGCACAUACACAAGUACAGCAACACUGACUGUUGCACCGCUGUUCAUGAUGGACCUUGUUCCAGUCAUAAGUUACGGAGCAGCAAGUUCAGUCUUCUCCAGAAAAAAGAACUAUCCAUCUUUCUUACGAACAGCACAUCCCAAUAAAGAUAUCAUUCAAAUGAUUUUUGAACUUUUGCAAAACUUUAAUUGGAACUGGGUCGCUUUUCUUUAUGUUGACAAUGACUAUGGAAGAGAUGGCUAUGACCUAUUUGUAAAAAAGAUAAGGAACACUGAAAUCUGCUUGGCAUACACCAAAGGCCUGACUCCGGACACAGAUUACCCUAAAAUUUUGAAGCAGGUGAUUGAAUUUCAGGUAAACGUUAUUAUUGUGUUUACAGCAGAAUGGACAGCUGAAGCUGUCAUUAAUUCUGCAAUCCAACAAAAUGUCACCAACAAGGUGUGGAUUGCAGUGGAUGCCUGGUCUUUACACAAAGAUCUCCCUAAAAAACCAGGAAUCAGAAAUAUUGGGACUGUUCUUGGGGUUGCAGAGCCAAAAAUCACAAUCCCAGGAUUCAAUGAUUUUAUUUAUUCUUUCAAAGCUCAAAAUCAGUGUGAAAGUGAAGAGCAAGAUUCAUUUUGUAAUCAGAUGUGUAACUGCAGCAGCUUGAGUGCUGAAGACAUCAUUACAGCAGAUCCCUCUUUCAAUUUCCCUGUUUACUCUGCUGUAUAUGCCGUUGCCCAUGCCUUACACGUAGUGCUGCAGUGUGGAGCUGACAGCUGCAACAAGAGCAUUAAGGUUCACCCAGACAUGGUUUUACGUGAACUGAGGAGAUCCAAUUUUUCAGUUUUAAACCAGACAGUUCAGUUUGAUGUGAACGGUGACCCCAACUUUGGAUCCUUUUCCAUAGUUUUCUGGAACAGCAGUGGUAAUGCAGAGGAGGUCGGCUUUUAUUCUUUUUACCCAACAUUCGAAUUCUUCAUCAACAGCUCUAAAAUAAAGUGGCACGGCGAUGAAGAGGUGCCUACAUCUAUUUGUUCCCAAGAAUGUCCUGUGGGGUUUGCAAAAAUUCAAGAAGGUGUCCACAAAUGCUGCUUCAGUUGUACAAUUUGUCCAAAUGGAACUUACAUCAACAGCACAGAGGAUCCCUACAACUGCAUCAGCUGCAAGGAGACAGAGUGGUCUGCAGAGGGAAGUACAUCAUGUACCAUACGGCUGCUGGAGUACGUCCCUUUCACAGACUCUGCUGCUAUAGUGAUCAUGGUUGGGGCCUUGGUCUUAGUAGCUCUUACCGUAGCCAUGUCUGUUCUCUUUGCCAUUAACUACAGCACGCCUGUUGUCAGAUCUGCUGGAGGUCCAAUGUGCUUCUUAAUUUUAGGAUGUCUCAGCCUGUGCAGUCUCAGUGUGUUUUUCUAUUUUGGAGAGCCCACAGACAUGUUUUGCAUCUUAAGGUUUUUACCAUUUCUGCUGUUUUAUACAGUUUGUCUAGCAUGUUUUGUUGUGCGCUCAUUUCAAAUCGUUUGUAUUUUCAAAAUAUCUGCAAAGUUCCCAAAGCUCUUAAGUUAUUGGACAAAGUAUCACGGACACUGGCUCAUCAUCACUGUGGCGUUCUUCAUUCAGGCUCUCUUGCUCAUCACUGGCUAUUCCAUUGCCCCCCCAAAGCCGUACAGCGAUACAUUUUGGUACUCUGACAUCAUCGUCCUCGGCUGUGACGUUGAUCUUAAUCUCAAAGCAACAUCCAGCUCUUUCAUUCUACUCUCUGUUUUGUGCUGUCUUAGUUUUAUUUUUUCGUACAUGGGAAAAAACCUUCCAAAAAACUACAAUGAAGCCAAAACAAUAACAUUCUGCCUCCUGCUGCUGAUCCUCACCUGGAUCACUUUUGCCACUGUAAGCAUGCUCUAUCAUGGUAAGUACAUCCAUGCCAUGAAUGCUUUGGCUAUACUCUCCAGUCUGUACUCUUUCCUGCUGUGGUAUUUUUUCCCUAAAUGCUACAUCAUCCUUUUUGAACCCAAGAAAAACACCCAGCAGCACUUUCAAGGUCUCAUUCAGAAUUACACCAAAACGAUUAGCCAGUAGCUUCUAAUUACAAGUAGUUGGCUUACUCCAUACAUAACUAGUGCUUUGAUAGCAUUUACUUGCAUUUUGAAUUAGGGUUUAUCUUAGACUACUAUUCCUACCAGGGUUUUAAUUUUUUUUUUUUUGAAAAUGUGUUAAUUUUUUUCCAACAUUAUGAUUUCAAAAUAAACACACUGAAAACAGUGGUGCAACAAAUGUUGUUCAACGAAUCAACAAAAAUAUGAUUAUAAAUUAUACAUAACAGAUAAGAGCUUUUUAUAUAUAUAUAUAAAGCUAACUGUGUAAACUUUAGAAGGUGAAUAAUAUAACUUU